AUGAGUAUGACGCUAAAUUUAGUUGAAGCUAAUCUAAAUUUAGUUCAGCCUUGUCCCAGACUCCCUUCCUCUUCUCUCCCAACUUUCUUUGUUGCUACCUUCUCCCCCACCACCAGCGUUACUUCGUUUUCCACGACUCAACCAUCAACAGCGUCUCCCAUUCUACUUGAGAUUCUUGUUCACAAUCACCCUCGAGGAAUCACCUCUACCACUGUCCUUUUGUCUGCAAAUACUGCCCCCAAACCUGCGACGCCUUGGGCUCACCAGGUCACCCCUCGCAAUAGCUUCUCACCCAACAAGAUGCUCUCGGCACCCCCUCCCCCUCCGCGAGGACCGCGAGCUUCUGCCCCGCAUGCGCGUGGUAGAGGUCGAGGUGGCAUUCAGAAACGCAGAGCCGAUGGACCAGCACGAGUCGACAGAGAUGGAGACCUGAACAUGGAUGCUGCUGCUUCUGCCGGCCAAUCUAGAUCUGGCAGAGGUAGAAUGGAGCCCGGUCGUUCCGCACGUACCCCAACAGGACCUUCAACCAGAACACCCGGCGCUAGAUCAGCACAGUCGAACAGAACAUCUGGGGUUAGACUCGCGCAGUCGGGCAGACACGGUGCAGCUGGCAGAGGAGGUCGGGUAUCGAUAUCUGAGAGAUCCAUUGUCCGGGGUCUUGGAGCUCAACAGGGAAAUCUGUGUGAGUCGCGCCUCACCGUUCCGUCAAGCAGACUACAAAUCGGCGGAUUGAGCGAGAGUAAGGCUGCCAAAAACCCCGAUGGAGGACUCGCAUCCCUACUCGGAUUCCUGGAACGAAAAGCCAGCGUAUUUCGAGAUUCUGAUUCGAACGACGCCGCCGUCAAGAUCAAGAAGUCAUCGAUGGUCGGCAAUUCCGUCUUUAUCACCGCCAGCCCAGAUGAUAUCGAAGCCAUCAAGAAGUUGAACAAUUUCACAUUUGCUGGUGCGACUCUCUCGAUCAGAACUGUCGACCCAUCUGAGCAGAAGCCUGAGGAGCCAAAGACCGCAGAGGUUCGGGCACAAUUUGCAUCAGUUCUGGCCACCAGAUACGAUGCCUCUACAAAGUGCUUGAACUUGAGCGCCCUUGCUACCGACCCUCUCCUUCAACAGAUGGGUGCCUUCAGCGCCAAGGAUCCUCACAAGAUCUUCCCAGCCAUGAUGGUCGUUGCCGCCGAUAUGUUCAAGACCAAGGAGGAAAAGCGGGAAGCCAUUGUCAGUGUCACUCUUACGGACAACGGUCUUGCGGACACCAAGGAGGUCGUCUUCCUUGCCUACAAUUUCCCAGACAUCAAGAAUAUCGACCUUUCUCGCAACAGUCUCAGCACCAUGAAGUCAAUGGAUGCGUUCCUCGGGUUUCACGACUUGGAGAACCUUAUCCUCAACAACAACCCAAUCGAGCCACAACUGCCGAACCUUAAGGACGACUUCUUGCGCCGCUAUCUCAAGCUUCGGACUCUCAAUGGCGUUGAGGUCAGAACCGCAGAGGAGGUUGCCGCUGUUGUCGCUGUGGCGUCCAAGCUCCCUUUCCCAAAUGUGGGCCCUUCCUUCGAUGAUAGAGGGGACGUAGGCAAGAACUUUGUCACCCAGUUUCUCAACCUCUAUGACACCGAUCGCUCUACCCUACUCGCUCAAUACUACGAUUCGCAAUCCGUCUACUCUCUCUCCAUCAACAUGAGUGCUUACAGGGGCGAGAAACCGUCCGUUGCUGUUCAGCCAUGGGCUGCAUACACAAAGCACUCUCGCAACCUGGACAAGAUUAGCCACUUGAACACCAGAAUCAACCGUCAGUACACUGGCAUUCAAGCCAUUCAACCCAUCUGGGCCGGCCUUCCUGCGACUCGACACCCAAACCUUCACACUCACACCGACAAAUACCUGAUCGAAUGCGAGCCCGUAUCAAGCCUUCAAGACCCUACCGGCCAAUCUGUCGUAGGAGUCGAUGGUUUAAUGAUCACUAUGCACGGCGAAUUCGAGGAUAACACUAGUAAGAACGCCGAGCAGUCCCUGCGCAGCUUCUCUCGAACCUUCGUCUUGGGCCCUGGAGCUCCUGGUGGUCCACCAAUUAGAGUCAUCAGUGACAUGUUGGCUCUCAGAGGCUGGGCCCCUCUUCCAAUCCAUGCUCCCUCAGCAGCCGUCUCCGAAACCCCCCAACUGCUACAACCAGCCCUCGUCACCGCGGAGCAAACAGAGCUAGAGCAGAAGACCUACAUGGCCACGCAACUGACGGAGCAGACUGGCAUGACUAUGGAGUAUUCGGGAAUGUGCUUGGAGAACGCCGGAUGGAACCUCGAAACCGCCUACAACAUGUUCAUGGCAAACAAGGCCAACCUACCACAAGAAGCAUGGAUUGGAGGCAUCGCCCGCUAA